AUGACGUUGACAAAACGUCCUUACCGGCUUUUGAUGCUGUUCUUUUUCACUGUUCUACUCUUCUCGGCCGCUGUAUCUGCGGCAGAAUGCAGCAAGACGAAACUCUGCGCAACUGGGUGCUGUAGUAGUGCAGGCUACUGCGGUACUACAAAGGACCAUUGCGGCAAAGGCUGUCUGAGUACUUGCGACUUCAAGCUCGAGUGCGACAAGAGCAACCCGUGCAAAGGCAAUGCAUGCUGUUCCAAGUAUGGUCAUUGUGGACUAGGUCCAGACUUUUGUGGAAAGGAUUGUGUCGCUGGCUGUGACGCCAAGGGUGAGUGUGAUCCGGGCGGCUUUGGCUCAAAGUUUGCCAAUCAUACCAAGUGUCCACUCAACGUCUGCUGUUCGAAGCAUGGUUACUGCGGUACUACCAAGGAUUUCUGCGGAAAAAAGACGGUCAAUCGUCCAUCUUGCUCUGCAAAAGGUCCCAUGCGAAGAGUAGUCGGAUACAUCGAGGGAUGGGCUUCCACGAGGUCCUGCGACAGUUUCCGACCCUCCAACAUCCCCGACGGCGUCUACACCCAUAUCAACUUUGCCUUCGCCAGUAUCGACCCAAAGACCUUCCAGAUCGUACCAGCAUCCAGCAAAGAUCCAGCUUUGUACCGUGAAUUGGCACGGAAGAAGAAGAUCGACCCCAAGUUGAAAGUCUUUAUCGCCAUUGGCGGUUGGGCCUUCAAUGACCCAGGCCCGACCGUUACAACCUUCUCUGACAUUGCUCGUUCUGAUGCAAACCAGAGAACCUUCAUCAAGUCGCUCAUCUCGUUCAUGGCUACUUAUGGCUUUGAUGGUGUUGACAUUGACUGGGAAUACCCGGCUGCCGAUGAUCGUGAAGGACGAGAGGAAGACUUUGUUAAUCUUCCCAAGUUCCUGAGCAAUAUCAAGAGCGCCCUCAAGCAGAGCGGAGAACGUAACGGUCUCAGCAUCGCAAUCCCCGCUUCCUACUGGUAUCUUCAGCACUUUGACCUUGAGAAGAUUUCCAAGUAUGUCGACCACUUCAACGUCAUGUCCUAUGACUUCCACGGUGCUUGGGAUACUCCCAAAUCAUGGCUUGGCAACCAUCUCAACUCUCAUACCAACUUGACUGAGAUCAAGGAGGCUUUCGAUCUGCUCUGGCGCAACGACGUCAACCCCGAUCAAGUCAACAUGGGACUCGCAUUCUAUGCGCGCACCUUUACCGCAUCCAGCAGCAGCUGCAUGUCUCCCGGUUGUCUCUUUGAUGCGGGUGGCCCUGCGGAGCCCUGCACUGACGCCGUCGGCGUUAUGUCUAACCCUGAGAUCAUGCGCAAGCUUGGGGGCAAGAUUGGAUCAGGCGAUCUGGACAAGGCUGCCGCUAUCAAGACUCUCAAGUUUGGUACUACGUGGUUGACUUACGAUGAUGUCGAUACUUGGAAGCUCAAACUGGACUUUGCUCGCAGCCAGUGUCUUGGGGGAGCCAUGGUCUGGGCCAUCAGCCAAGAUACUUCCGACGGGAAGUUCUCGAAGCAACUACAGGAGGCUACAGGUUACAAGUCCAAGGGCGUCACGACAUUCAACAGCACCAAGUCUCUUGGAGGUGGUGUUUUUAUUGAGACCACAGAGAGCGAAGCCAAUGCCGAUGUGAGCGACGAGCAAUGUCGAUGGACUAACUGCGGAGAGACAUGUUCGAGCAAAUGGAAAACAGUCCCAAGGCGAGAUCCCUACCGAACCAGCUCCAAGGAGAUCAUGAUGGACGGAACUGCCUGCAACGGCAAUGGGAUACGGACAUUCUGCUGCCCCCCUGGAGAACAGCCCUUUUGUCAGUGGCUUUUCCACAACAAUGGAGCCUGCACACCUGGUUGUCCAUACGAUAAUAUGGUUGAGGUGGCGUCAACUGACAUUGAAUGCGGUAGUGGCAGGGCCCAGGUCGCCUGCUGCAGAGGCGACACGGCGGCUCUGGAUGUCUAUCGUCAGUACAAAUGGUACGGCAAGGAGUCCGAGUGCGCUGUCGACCAGGGUAAAAAGCCGUGCGGAUGGAGCAACACGUUCGAUUCACCAUUCGUUUCGAGCUGGAGUGGUAGUGGAGCCCAAGCCUGCUAUGACAGCGUCGGGAAGAAGGGAGACAGGCCACUUUGCGAAAACACAAGAGACGAGACCAAGCCGCACUUCACUAAUUGCAUAUGGUCGGACGGCUACAAUAGCCACAAGGAUACUGUCUCGACGGGUACAUGCAACAGCAAUUGUCCAAAAGGCAUGGUCAAGGUGACUCUGCAAUCCGAGAAUAACAACUGCGACAAGGGUACUUCGGCCUACUGUUGCGACAUCACAGCGACUUACGACUUGACUGAUGCCGGCGAUGACGAGAUUGAAACGGCACUGAAGGAAUGGGCCAAGGACCCGAAAUGUCCGAAUCUGAGUCUCCUUGCCAAGAACAGGCUCUCGUCGCGUGCUCUGGACAAUAUGGCAUUGAAUGUCGGCGAGGGAUUAUCUGACCUGGCUGAGCGGGAUACACCUUAUUUGAUACCUGGGGGAAUCACGGUUGCACUGGUGUUCCGAAGAAUGAUGAUAGCUCCUCCAGGGUCCCGCAGCGUCCGUGAUCUUCGAAGCCUGGUAAACAGGUAUAUCACUCCAGUGUUUGCCCACAUUACUGGCGAUUAUCUUAUUGGGAUGCUAUGGGAGCUGAGGGACUACGUUGAGGAGACAUUGCUGGCAGCCUGGGGCUUCAUGUGUACUAUUGGCGCUGAAGAACUGGAGGCCAAGAAGAACAUUGGGCAACACAUUGGCACGUUGGAGGCUCCACUCGUCUGCCACAUACCGUCGCUCGAUGCCUACGAUCCUGGGUCGCUGGAAGACCCCCGCGACCAGUCUGAUGAUGGUUUCAUCUCAGAUUUCUUCGGACCCUCUGGUCCUCUAAGUCCUCUUGGAAACUUAGGAUUUCCAUUCAAUGAGAUGGGUUGGUCGUCUAAAUGGAAUGAGGACGAUGGUCUUGAGAAGAGGGGAGUUGGUAACGCACGUCCCUUCAAACCCCAAUGUCCCGAUAAGAGCACUUGGGGAAUGAAAUCGGAGACAUACACCAACGGAGAUAAGGGAGAAGCCUUGGCCAAGAAAAAUGGCGACGACAAAAUGUAUUAUGUCAAGGAUAAUCGCGGUGGCGACUGCAUUUCCGCAACCGUCGAGGAUGACGGUAAACCAAACGAUGGGAAGAAAUGGGUUUCUGAGCAUAUUUUGGAGCUUCAAACCAUUCCAAUGUUUAUCGAAUACUCAAUGGGUGUCCACAACAAACUCAAAAGCGAACCAAGCCCUUCUGGGCUUGACAUUGAAGUACCAGACAAUCCUACCAAGCCCGCCAAUAUGCCACCUUGUUCCAUGUGGAAGACUGAUUUUAUGGACGGCUUUCCUGCCUGGAAUGCCCAACAUAAAGAAACACCACGGAAAAUGUUGUUUACGAUACUUGGCUCGACAACUAAUGCCAAACAUAUGGUUAACACUGAGUCCAAGCUCAACGGCCUUAAGGCCCAGAUUUGGGAUUUCAACGAGCCCAUAUCAGCGGGUAAUUGGAAGAAGAGGUAUGCAGUUAUCACCAGAAGAGCUGCCCAGCACGCCUUUGAGCAACUCCAGAUAGUUGAGCAGGUGUUUGGCUAUCUUCUAAAGCCAGGCGUGAACGAUAAGCUUGUGGGUACAUAUGACGAAGUUAAAGUCUUCCUAAGGGAGUUUGAGACACUUUACCGAAAGGAGUAUCCCAAAACACCAGUCUUGGGUCUUGACAAGCUUUGGACUACAUUCAUGAGGGAUUUAACUGGCAAGAUGAAAACCUGGACAAAAAGAUGGUUAUUGUAUCGUACCGGAGAGAUGGCCAAGGCCUGGGCGGCUGAGAACGCAAGGAGACUAGCGAUGAUGGCAAACGCCAACAGCGAGCUGGCGGCUGCUGCGGUUCUAAGCCAUGCACAAGAGGCACAGACGAUCUUAGAGAAGGCCCAGGAGCAUGGAAGGAAACACGGGAUUGAGAUUGAUAAAUUCAAUCCCAACGUGGUUUUCAAAUAA